AUGUCGUUCCUCGGUGGCGCCGAGUGCUCUACGGCGGCCAACCCGCUUGCACAGUUUACGAAACAUGUACAAGAUGACAAGUCCCUCCAGAGAGACAGGCUGGUGGGCAGAGGCCCAGGGGGCAUGCAAGAAAGCAUGCGAUCCCAGGGUAUGGUUGGUGGGCAGGAUCAGAUGAUGGACGAGUUCAUGCAACAGCCUGGCCAUAUGGCACAGGGGCCGCCACAACCGUUCGCCAUGGAGCAGAUGCGGAGAGAACUCGAGAACUUUCAGACAGCACCCCCGCGGACCGGCUCUCCCGGUUGGGCUGCAGAGUUCGACCCGGGCGAGCAAGCCCGUAUGGAAGCUGCCUUCGCAGGACCAAAGGCUCCUAUGAUGAAUGGCGGUGCAGGUUUCACUCCUGCGGAGUUUGCUCGUUUCCAACAACAUAACCAGACGGGCAUGGCACGCACGGGGAGUCCAAUUACAUCUACACCCAGCCCUUUGAUGAGCGGCGGAUUCCAGCGACCGAUGGGCAUGGGAUAUAUGGGUGGAAUGGGUAUGAUGCGACCUGCCUAUAGUCCUAUGGGCAUGCAGCAACAACCGGCAGAGAUGUCUACGCAGGACAAGGGCAAAGGUCGGAUGGUGGAGUUGGACGAUCAGAACUGGGAGGCGCAGUUCGCUGAAAUGGAGACGGCUGGUACCCAGGACCUGGAUGUGGAGGCCAACGCGGCUAUGGAGGCAGAAUUGAAUGAGCUUGACAGGUCAGUCCCCGCAGGCACCGAGUCUCGCGAAGAGUCCUUCGAGAGAGUGUGGGAGAGGAUUAAAGCUCAGAUGGAUACAAACAGGAAAAUGGCCGAAAAUGCAAAAUUCGAUGUGACCGACGACAGCCUGCAUAUGGGCCAAUUGGAGGAGUGGGAAGGGUUUGACAACCUCCACACUCGAUUCCGCGACCCCCAGCUCGGUGAUUAUUUGUUCGAGCCUGAAAACGCAUUCCGCGCGGUGAACAACCCCUUUGAAGAAGGAGUUAAGAUCAUGCGUGAAGGUGGCAAUCUGUCUUUGGCAGCUCUUGCUUUCGAGGCUGCGGUGCAAAAGGAUCCUCAGCAUGUCGAAGCAUGGACGUACCUUGGAACUGCACAGGCACAGAACGAGAAGGAAAGCCCGGCAAUCAGAGCCCUGGAACAGGCGAUCAAGCUGAACCCCAAGAACCUGGACGCUCUGAUGGGAUUGGCUGUUUCUUACACCAACGAAGGAUACGACUCUGCAGCAUACCGUACGCUCGAGCGUUGGCUUUCUGUCAAGUAUCCUCAAGUCAUUGACCCGAAGGACCUCUCUUCUGAUGCAGACAUGGGAUUCACUGACCGACAUGCCUUGCACGAAAAGGUCACUGAUCUUUUCAUCCGUGCUGCUCAAUUAUCGCCUUCUGGCGAGCAAAUGGACCCCGACGUCCAGGUCGGUUUGGGUGUUCUUUUCUACUGUGCUGAAGAAUAUGACAAGGCUGUUGACUGCUUCACGGCUGCCCUCGCAUCUACUGAGACAGGUACUUCCAACCAGCAGGAACAGCUUCACCUGCUGUGGAACCGGCUGGGAGCUACUCUUGCCAACUCUGGUCGGUCUGAGGAGGCCAUCGAGGCCUAUGAGAAGGCACUGACCAUCAACCCGAACUUUGUUCGUGCUCGUUACAACCUCGGAGUUUCGUGCAUCAACAUUGGCUGUUACCCCGAGGCAGCGCAGCACCUUCUCGGAGCUCUCUCCAUGCACCGUGUUGUGGAGGAGGAAGGUAGAGAACGAGCACGAGAAAUUGUCGAAGGGGUCGACGGUAUCGGAGAUGAUGAGUUGGACCGCAUGAUCGAUGUCAGUCACAACCAGAGCACAAACCUGUGGGAUACGUUGCGCAGGUAUGACCAUCUAUCUCAUUGCUACUCGAUCAUGGCUACCGGAGCUCAGAUUAUCGCCCGAGCGCUACGCGACUUGGGCGUCACGGUCAUCUUCGGCCUGGUGGGAAUUCCCGUCGUCGACAUCGCAGAAGAGGCGAUCAAUCUGGGAAUCCGGUUCAUUGCGUUCCGUAACGAGCAGGCCUGCAGCUAUGCCGCCAGUGUAUAUGGGUAUAUGACGGGACGACCAGGUGUCUGUCUCGUGGUUGGAGGGCCCGGAGUUCUCCAUGCUAUCGCAGGUAUAGGAAAUGCAUCGGCUAAUAACUUCCCACUACUCGUCCUUGCUGGUUCGUCCGAGACGACGGCUGUGACGAAGGGGUCCUUCCAGGAGAUGGAUGCCAUUUCUCUGCUGACGCCGCACACGAAAUUCGCUGUUCGGGCGAACUCUCUUGAUUCAAUCCCGGGUGCGGUUCGAAAUGCAUACAGGAUGUGCUGGUAUGGACGUCCUGGACCGACGUUCGUUGAUCUCCCUGCGGAUAUCAUCCAGGGCAAAGCAGCGGCUGAUGUUAAGCUGCCGGCACCUGAGAAUCUGCUAUUGCCUUCUCCGCCAAAGCCGAGCGGAGAUCCAGCUACUAUCUUGAAGGCCGCGCAGUUACUUAGAUCUGCUCGUGCGCCUCUGGUCAUUGUCGGGAAAGGAGCAGCCUAUGCGCGGGCAGAGUCCGCAAUACGUGAGCUGGUUGAGCGGACACAAGUCCCUUUCUUGCCUACGCCCAUGGGGAAGGGUGUGGUCCCUGACUCCCACCCAUUGAACGCUUCGAGUGCUCGAAGUGCCGCGCUAAAGAACGCUGAUGUAGUGCUGCUCCUGGGUGGGCGACUGAACUGGAUUCUGCAUUUCGGGGCCCCUCCGAAGUGGUCUCCCACAGCAAAGAUCAUCCAGGUCGAUAUCUGCGCAGAGGAGAUUGGCCGGAAUGCAGGAAACGCAGAACUCGGCAUCAUUGGCGACAUUGGCCUUGUCGUUGAGCAGUUGUCCACGAAGCUCUCCAAUUGGAAAUAUCAACCAGGACCAUCCGGUGGCAUCUCCUUCCCAUCACUUCUGGCUUCGUCUGCAAAGAAGAAUGAAGCAAAAGCAGAAAACGCUGCAUUGAAACCCACCCCCCCAAACACUCCUCUUACCUUCCAACGCGCGUACCAUAUCAUCAAAAACACGCUGAAUUCCCUCAGCGCCCCCGAGGAUGGCCAGAUCGUCUACGUCUCCGAAGGAGCCAACACGAUGGAUAUCUCCCGAUCCAUCUUCCCAUUAAACCACCCCCGUCAACGUCUCGAUGCCGGCACAUACGCCACCAUGGGUGUCGGUCUCGGCUACGUCAUCGCAGCUCACGCUGCAUACAACAUCUACCCAGCCGAUCAAACGGCGGCCAUCUCUCGACCGAAGAAAAUCGUCGCAUUCGAAGGCGACAGCGCCUUCGGCUUCAGCGCCAUGGAAAUCGAGACCAUGGCCCGCUACCGCAUCCCGGCCUUGAUCUUCGUCAUGAACAACUCCGGCAUCUAUCACGGCGACACCCCGUCUGAAGACGCAUGGAAAACCCUCCAGGACCAAACGAUAUCUAACGAUACGAAAUCAGAAGAGGACUACAAGAAGGGGCUCAGAUCAACUAGUCUUCUCUACGAGGCGCGCUAUGAACAACUCGCUACCAUGUUUGGUGGGAAGGGAUACUUUGUACGCACGGAAAAGGAGCUAGAGAAGGCUACGAGGGAUGGAUUCCUGGAGUCGAAUACCGUUACGGUUGUGAAUGUCGUGGUUGAGCCUGGUGUCGGGCAGAAAAUCCAAUUCGCUUGGCAAGGGGUUAAGGAUGAGGGGUCGAAUAAGCAGGCGAAGUUGUAG